AUGUCGCUCCUCGUGGAUCCCGACCACCUCAUUCACUCCUUGCGGCUGGCCUACCUCAAGCGCAUCGACGAUCAUUACGGCCCGAGGAUCAUCACCUUCCCAUCAGUCUCCGGCGUCAAGCAAGAACCUGUAGCCUCAACAUCAGAGCCCCGGCCGUCUCUGUCCAACUCAUCCUCAUCAACAUCGUUCUUUGCAUCCUCCUCAACGGCGGCGAGCAGAGAAGACGUGUCGAGCCAUGCAAUCGCAUCCCUGUACAGUCCUUUCGGUGCCGACUCGCACGUCGCGGCGGCAGGGCUUAAUGACCCUUCGCGACAUCCCGAGCUGACAACGAUCUAUUCUCCCGUGCCUACGGCAGGGGAAAAUGGCCCAUUCGGAGGGCUCGGGCGCAAAGGCGGACGAAGCGCGCACGGUUCGGAAUCCGAACCCGCCGAUGGCGGAUCCGAUGGCUUGCAAGAUGGGUGCAGAGCAGGCAGUCUGGCGUAUACGCAAACGAUCUAUGGGCCGGGCCGAAGCGGUGCUCUGGGUAUGCGUGUCAACGGGCGCAGAGCGAGUAAGCGUGUCAGCAUCAGCGCUGCCAAUCUGCCGACAAGAACAGCUGUGGACAAAGAGGCAAGUGUCGACGCGGAGCCGUCUAGACAGGAAGCGGUGGACGAAGCCGCGAAGGCUCAGCGAAACAAAGAAGAUACGACCGCAGCGCAGCUUUCGCAGCCUCGAGACAUAUUGUCGACCUCGCCUGGGGGAACUACAAUUGGGCAGGCGGCGGGGACACUUGACGAGCAGAGCGGAACAGUGAUGGGCAAACGAGUCAACUUUGCCAUGUCGGACACUCCUUCGCAGUCACACGCCACCGAAGUAUCGCCAGAAGGAGAGCCAUUGUCCGAAGGCCAGUCGGUCUCGCCUCAUUCUCGAACCACGGCUUCGGGUCCACAUGGAUCGACGUACGCAGACAGCUCGACCGAGUCCAACACAGCGUUGUCCAGUCUCGGAUCCGCUGGCUCAUUGCAAGAUGGCAGCUUGGGCUUGACGACGAUCAAUGCUGCUAUUACAGGCGGUCCGCCUUCACCGCAUGCGCCGGCGAGCCAGGCCAGAGACGCCAUCCUCACAGCGCGAUCUUCGCCUGUGCAGUCUCGCACGAUCGUCACACCCCUCGUCGACACCCCUGCCCUCCCGGCACCACCAAAGAUGGUGAUAUCUGGAACCGAUGGCAGCGACGAAAACAGCGACGUCGAAGAGCCGUCGCGCAGCCACAGCAAGACCAAGCGUCGGGGAAGCCGUCGACCGAGUCACCCAAACACUUCACGCUUGGCGACGCAGUCCGACUACUUCUCGUCGAUACGAGUCAGCCGAAGCGAGCUCGAAGCACAGCAUGCCAACCGGCCCAAAGGAUCGAUGCUCAGCUCGAUGCUGCAAAAGCAAGAUUCGGGACCGGAGAACCCGUUCGCGGCCUUCUACGCAGGCAUCGCUGGUCGUGCAGCUACUGCGCCCAGUAUGACGGUCGAGAUCUUCUUUCCAUGGGCCGACAGCAGGCAGCCGCUGCUCUCGUCGCCUCCGGCAAGCGGGGCGGUCUCGAUACAUCCCAAGACUAACAGCAUGAAGCUCAACAUCCGCAAGGACGCAACGAUGGAGGAAGUCAUUGGCUACGGCUUGUACUGUUACGUCGAGGAGAGAUGGAAGCCGGAACUGGACCCUCCCGGCUCUUCUUGCACCGAGAGCGAGCGGGAGGCUCGUCUGACCACCAUGGGAUGGACCUUGAUGAUCGUCGAAGACGGCGAGGUGGACGACGACUUCCCGGCCAUCGACCAGACCUUGCAGCUCGGCAAGUUUGGAGGAGAUGAGUUUGCGAUCUGCGAAGCGACACCAAACCAGAUCCGACAGCAUAAGGAAGCGUACGCCAACAUUGCGAGAAGGACUGUUCGCGCGCCGACGGCGUCCCGGACGCUGACACCCAAGCCAGGUGCUACGGGCGAGUCGGUGGUUCCUGGAUCGACAGCCGUGGAUGCAUCGCAAAGCACGCUCGUCGGCGGCGGAGGCAAGAGCGUUGCAGCGGCCAUUUCGGGCAAUCCUGCUUUGGCCAGUCGACUGGGCGUACCUGGUGCGGGUACACAAGUUACACCGGGGUCUCUGAUCAAUAUCCAAGGAACUCCCAUCUUCGCCUCUGGAGCGCUGUCGCGCAGUGCUCUGGGCUCGUCUUCGCAGUCGAUCUUCCUUCGCGUGCUGGUGACGCCCAAUCCCGAGGUGCGAUACAAGACGACGCUCCAAGUUCCGUCCGAUAUGUAUCUGGCGGAUGUGCUCGAGAUGAUCUGUCGGAAGCGACACCUGUCGAAUGUGGACGAAUGGGCGCUCAUCGUGCCGGACAAGAGCAUCGUCGUACCGCUCGACCGAACGGUCGAAUCGCUGCAGGGCAACCACGAUCUUGCCCUCGUCCGAAGGUCCAGCUUGGGCGCUCUGGGCGGUGCCGGCGCACUCAGUAGCUCCUCUACCAAUCCGAACGCCUCGAUCUUCAAGCGCUACUCCACCGCCUCAGAUUCCAACUACCCCCUGGGCCAGCCGAAGUACACCAAAGCCCUCGACAUCGCUUCUGCCUACAAGAGCUACACGGUCUAUCGCAAAUCGCCGAUGUUCGGAGGGCGGCACAACGAGCGGAGCCUCACGCUGGACGGCGACUGGCUGCACAUCAUGCCCACGGACAUGAAAACCUUUGGCAAAGCGGCGUCGUUCCACGUCUCGAGCGUGGUCGCGUGCAAGCUGUCGAGCAAGCUGGUCAACGGCUUCAAGCUGGUCGUCUGGCGCGAGAGUCCGCGGGAUACCAAGAGGUACGACUUUGAGGCCGAUUCGGCCAGGAUCGCAGCCGAAAUCGUGCGCGAGAUCAACUUGCUCCGCAGCAGCCAGAACUAG